CCCAGGACCCGGGAUUCACUAUAUCUGGUCUCCCAGGACCCUGCAUUCACUAUAUCUGGUCUCCCUGGACCCCGCAUUCACUAUAUCUGGUCUCCACGGACCCUGCAUUCACAAUAUCUGGUCUCCCAGUACCCUGCAUUCACUAUAUCUGGUCUCCCCGGACCCUGCAUUCACUAUAUCUGGUCUCCAGGACCCUGUAUUCACUAUAUCUGGACUCCCAGGACCCUGCAUUCACUAUAUUUGGUCUCCCCGGACCCUGUAUUCACUAUAUCUGGUCUCCCUGGACCCUGCAUUCACUAUAUCCGGUCUCCCAGGACCCCGCAUUCACUAUAUCUGGUCUCCCCGGACCCUGCAUUCACAAUAUCUGGUCUCCCCCACACCCUGCAUUCACUAUAUCUGGUCUACCACAGUACACACAACAUGGAAAUGCAAUUAUUUUAG